AUGGCGGUGCACAAAGUCAACUUCAUCACCGGCAACGCCAACAAGUUGACCGAGGUCAAGGCCAUCCUUGAGCCUGAGAUCGAGGUUCUCAGCCAGCCCAUAGAUCUCGAGGAGAUGCAGGGCACGCUUGAGGAGGUCACAGAGUCAAAGUGCCGCAGGGCAGCCGAGUUGGUGAAAGGCCCAGUCCUGGUUGAAGAUACAGCUCUUUGCUACAACGCUCUCAAAGGCCUUCCCGGUGUCUACAUCAAGUGGUUCAUGACUUCAAUCGGUCACGAGGGCUUGAACAACCUGCUGGCUGCUUACACUGACAAGUCUGCUGAAGCCGUCUGCACUUUUGGUUACUGUGCUGGACCCGGCGAGAAGGUCAUCAUUUUCCAGGGUCGAUGUCCCGGCAAGAUUGUGCCUGCCCGAGGACCACCUGCUUUCGGAUGGGAUGCCGUCUUUGAGUACGAAGGUCAGACAUUCGCCGAAAUGGUAAAGACAGAGAAGAACAAGAUCUCUCAUCGAGGCCGCGCGCUGGCCAAGCUUCAGGCUUGGUUCAAGGACCAGCAGUAA